GUUAUGUACUCUUCCUCGAGAUUGAAAAAGAUAUGCAAACUAUUUAUUCGGUAGGCUGAGUCACGGAGUGGGAGGGAUUUACGAAGAGCGUAUCACCGUGAAGUAGUGGGCGUUUGUGUGUGAGCCACAAGCGAUAUCUAAGUGAGACAGUCAUUUCUCCUGCAGACGAGGGUUGAAGUUUCGCUCAGAAGGAAUACGCAGCGUUGAGGUUGCCAGGUGUUUUGGCAAGGCUCAGUCUCUUUAUUUUCGGCGACUGUUGAAUUAAAAAGACACAAAUAGCUCACCUGGACUUUUUUUUGAAGAUCGUCUGUCUGCUUAUCAUCCAGCCGUGAUAGGAUGACUUCCUGGCAACAACAAACUCUGAAGCUCAAGUGAGAAGGACUAGCCGCAGAGGAGAGAGCCAUCCUGCCGUUUUCCCACCCGGAUCGAGGUGCUCUGGCGGCGUCUCUUUCAAUGUGGGAUACGCUCUCGCCCCGCUCGCCAGGCUGAAGUCCACGCGCUUGAGGUCCUCCCUGAUGGCGGCCUUCCUCCUCGGGCUGCUCCUCUUUGUCACUCAGUCUCCCCCCGUGCCGUCUAGGCCCACGCACCCCGGCGAUGUGCCCCCCUCCCCGGCCCCCGUGCAGCCCGACCCCUUCGCCCUCAACGACUCCUCGCCGUCAGCGCACCCCAACGGCACCCUCCAGCAGCUGCCCGCCGUCAUCAUCAUCGGCGUCAGGAAGGGCGGCACGCGGGCACUCAUCGAGAUGCUCAGCCUGCACAGCGCCGUGGCGGCUGCCCAGAACGAGGUGCACUUCUUCGACUGGGAGAGCCACUUCCAGCGGGGACUGCCCUGGUACCUCUCCCAGAUGCCCUUCUCCCUCCCCGAGCAGACGACCGUGGAGAAGACCCCGGCCUACUUCACCUCCGCCAAGGUCCCCGAGCGCGUGUGGCGGAUGAACCCGGACGUCAAGCUGCUGCUCAUCCUGAGGGACCCCACUGAGCGCGUGCUGUCGGACUACACCCAGGUCUACUACAACCGGCUGCAGAAACACAAGCGUCUGCAGCCCAUCGAGUCGGUGCUCCUCAAAGACGGGGAGAUCAACCUGGACUACCGGGCCCUGAACCGCAGCCUCUACCACCUGCACAUGGAGAACUGGCUUCGCUAUUUCCCCCUGGACAGCAUCCACGUCGUGGACGGGGACCAGCUGAUUAGGGACCCGCUGCCCGAGAUGAAGCAGGUGGAGCGGUUCCUGGAGCUGGAGCCUCAGAUCAACGCCUCCAACUUCUACUUCAACAAGACCAAGGGCUUCUACUGCCUGCGGGACCACGGGAGGGAGCGCUGUCUGCACGACUCAAAGGGCCGGGCGCACCCCCUCGUGGAUCCCAGCAUCCUGCAGAAGCUCUUCCGAUACUUUCAUGAACCAAACCGCAAGUUCUUUGAGCUGGUGGGGAGGACGUUCAACUGGAGUUGAGUAUACCGAGUAUACUUGGGAGAAUUUUCUUUUUCCUCCUCUGACUUUUUUUGCAUAUUAUAUAAGAGUGAACCCAGGGAAGAAAACAGACCAUCCUCUGUAUCUAUUUGUAUGGGAUGUGUUUUAAGAGGGUUCAGCAGAAAUAACUUAAAAUAAUUUUUCUAUACUUUUUUUAAAAAGGUAAAUGUAAAAAUGAUACUGCUUGUAUCAAGUUGAUACUAUGACAGAUUUAGCUGCACAUUCAGUGUGCUUCUGUGAUUAAGUGUCACUGAUGUAUUUCAGCCGGUUUCGUGAUUCCGCAGUUCAGUGUUGAAAUCCCACCGUACGGGCUGUAUUUGCAUUUGUCCGCAUGUAUGAAGAUAAUCAGGGCUGACAAUGAAAACGGAUGUCUGAUUAACCCUGAAUAUUUCCAUGGGGGUCAUAGACUACUUUUUGCCUCUCCUUAAAUAUUCUCCAGUUAGUUACCGUGCUGUGCAGGAGUUUCACAUCUAUAGUAUAAAUGUAGUGUAUAAGCUAAAUGUAUUUUUAUACUCCUUGCAUAGAAGGGUAAAGUGAGAACAUUAUAUCAUCAUCGUCAUCAUCAUGGUGUAACAUACUAUUCUGUUUCACUCCUGUUCUGUGUCCACUGACUGCACAUUCACAAUGCUCUGGUUCAUCCUUCCAAACAAUGCUGUGAAGAAAAACAAAAAAUUAAAAUAUAAUUGCCAUGUAAACAUGUUUUUGUUGACAAGUCUGCUGCCACUAUGAGUACCGUGUGUUUUGACCCAGAUAGCUUGGGUUAAUUGAUUUUGUGAGCCUCUGGGUGGGUCUGGAUGUGUUUGUAUUUGUCAGACGGAGAGGGUCUGGCGUGUGCUGUUUCACAUGGAAUGGGCAGACUACUUUAAGGGGAAGAAUGAUGAAUGUUAUCAGGUAUUUUUCUCCGUUAGUAACCUUCAUGUAUGCAUUUAAUUCACUAGUGCGAUGAAGUUUGUUCCUGUAUUACUCCUCAAAGCCUGACAUCAGUUUAUAUGUCAAAGCUCUGAAAUAUUCAUUGCUGCUAUGUUUUACGGUAUUACUAUUUUCUAUUAUUAUCUAUGAUUCUCUCUGUCUGUCUUUUUUUUUUUUUUCACGGAGCGUGCUCAAGCAGAAAAACUGCUUUCAUCUGUUCUCAACCAUAUAUUGUAAAUAUUAUUACUUUCUAAGUGAAGGGUUAUCACAUUAAUAAAAUAGUAUUUUGUAUUA